CCACCACCUACCCCAGUCACUCUUUCACCGCCUCUAUUUCUUCAUUGGCCAGCUUGUGCCGCCUUCGUCGUAAUCGACAUGGAUCUGCUCCUGCUCGAGAAGGCCCUGCUGGGCCUCUUCGCGGCGGUGACGCUAGCCAUCGUCAUGUCCAAGCUCCGCGGCAAGCACUUCAAGCUGCCGCCCGGGCCCCUCCCCGUGCCGGUGUUCGGCAACUGGCUGCAGGUGGGAGACGACCUCAACCACCGGAAUCUCACCGCCCUGGCUAAGCGCUUCGGGGAUAUCCUCCUCCUCCGCAUGGGCGUGCGCAAUCUGGUGGUGGUCUCCAACCCGGAGCUCGCCCGGGAGGUGCUCCACGCGCAGGGCGUCGAGUUCGGCUCCCGCACCCGCAACGUGGUGUUCGACAUCUUCACCGGCAAGGGCCAGGACAUGGUGUUCACCGUGUACGGCGAUCACUGGCGCAAGAUGCGACGGAUCAUGACCGUCCCAUUCUUCACCAACAAGGUGGUGCAGCAGAACCGGCAGGGCUGGGAGGAGGAGGCACGGCAGGUGGUGGAGGACGUGAAGCGGGACCCCAAGGCCGCCACCCAAGGAGUGGUGCUCCGUCGCCGCCUGCAGCUCAUGAUGUACAACAACAUGUAUCGCAUCAUGUUCAACUACCGCUUCCAAGGCAUGGACGAUCCUCUUUUCAACAAGCUCAGGGCCGCCAACGGCGAGCGCAGCCGCCUCGCUCAGAGCUUCGAGUACAACUACGGCGACUUCAUCCCCAUCUUGAGGCCCUUCCUCAGGGGCUACCUCAAGAAGUGCCAGGAGCUCAAGGACGGACGCCUCAAGCUCUUCGAUGACCACUUCGUUGCGGCGAAGAAGAAGACGAUGGACCAACUGGGAUCGAAGAUGGAGCUCAAGUGCGCCAUCGAUCACAUCUUGGAUGCUGAGAGGAGGGGGGAGAUCAACUACGACAAUGUUCUUUACAUCGUCGAGAACAUCAACGUCGCAGCCAUAGAGACGACGUUGUGGUCGAUCGAGUGGGGGGUGGCCGAGCUGGUGAACCACCCCGAGAUCCAGCGCAAGCUACGGCAGGAGCUCGACACCGUGCUCGGCCCGGGCGUCCCGAUCACGGAGCCGGACCUCCAGAAGCUGCCCUACCUGCAGGCGGUGAUCAAGGAGACCCUCCGGCUGCGCAUGGCUAUCCCCCUCCUCGUCCCCCACAUGAACCUCCACGACGCCAAGCUGGGAGGCUACGACAUCCCCGCCGAGAGCAAGAUCCUGGUCAACGCCUGGUGGCUCGCCAACAACCCCGCCCACUGGAAGAGCCCCGAGGAGUUCCGCCCCGAGCGGUUCCUGGAGGAGGAGGCCAAGGUGGAGGCCAACGGCAACGACUUCCGGUAUCUGCCCUUCGGCGUCGGCCGCCGGAGCUGCCCCGGGAUCAUCCUCGCGCUCCCCAUCCUCGGGAUCACCCUCGGCUCUCUGGUGCAGAGCUUCGAGCUGCUGCCGCCGGCGGGAGCCAACAAGGUCGACACCACCGAGAAGGGCGGCCAGUUCAGCCUCCACAUACUGAAGCACUCCACCAUCGUGUGCAAGCCCAGGGCGUAACCUCAACGUAUUUGUGACGACGACUACGAUCAUCUUCCAGAGUCCAGGAAAGCAGCUACGUAAAGAUAAGAUAAAAUAAGUUAGUCUUCUGUCCAUUUGUGCCAAAAGGUUGCAUUCGACAAAAAUCGAGAAUUAUGGCAAACUUGGGAUGUCUUGCAUAUGUGUUCCUUUUAUUUUUGUAUUUAUAUAGAAUAUUUUGAUUCGGACUCAUAAAAUAAUUAUCAGUUUUGGA